AUGGAGAACUUAACCAAAUCAUACAUUUGGCUUGUGGCUGCUGCGCUCUUAGCAGCCAGCGUCAGUGCCGGCGUGGGCAGUAAGAGACCGUUCACACCGACCGACUCGAUACUGGACAUCAUCGACACCGAACAGGUCGAGAAGAUGAUAGCCGCCCGACGAAGAAAUGAAGAGGCCACGGCUUCAUCCGCUUAUGUUCAGCGCAACGAACUCGGAGAGGGAAGCUCCGAAACCAUGGUCGUCUCAGUCCCCGAUCAAGACGAGAGUACCGAAAUACCACCGGGAGUCGACUUCCGAAAGAUCCUUAAAUCAUCGAGGAACGCUCUGUUCGUCACCAAAAAGGAAUAUCUUAAAGAAGAUUGGUGUAAAACAGAAUCAUUAGUGCAAAAAAUCCGUGAGCCGGGUUGUUUGCCGGCUACCGUAAUCAAUAAGUUCUGUUAUGGACAGUGCAAUUCCUUCUAUAUACCUAAGGGCCCGCGACGUAGAGACAGUAAUGACGAACGUCCACCGCCCGCGUUCAAAUCCUGUUCGUUCUGCAAACCGAAAAAGUUCUCCUGGAUAACGGUUACGCUGCGUUGCCCAGGGCAAAAUCCGCCUUUCAAACGUAAACGGUUACAGAAGAUCAAGCAGUGCAAGUGUUUACCUGUGGGAGUGAAUUGA